AUGUAUGUUGAGCAUCUCGCGCCCGGAACUGUCGAGCAUGAGGAGCCCAUCGUCUUAAUUCACGGCGAUUUCCACAGUGGCGACAUAUGGCUCGCAAAGCCCGAUUUUGGGACGGGCUGGGCCGCGUAUUUUGUCAACAGAGGCUAUCGCGUAUACGUUGUCCACUUGCCCGGCAGUGGCUUAUCUAAAUUGCCUAUUGCCGCUGUCAUGCCUGGCCAACUGUUGCCAACGGCGCAGUAUAUGAGCCAGAGGAGUGUUGAGAAUCAGCUUACUGCUCCCGAGAGAAACGUGAUCCGAGGCACGACCGCAUGGCCGACGGCGGGUUUGCACGACAAGUGGCCAGGGACCGGUCAACCUGGUGACCCGUUCUUCCACAGAUAUCAUUGUUCACUGCAGGCCCUUCUCGUGCAAAAGCCCUUGCGAGAAAGGUUGGCUCAAAAUGGCCUCCGCAACCUCCUCAGUAUGACUGGAAAGGCAAUCUUGAUCGGGCAAGGAGCCGGAGGCACCGCGGCCUGGCUCGCUGCCGAUGCUGUUCCACACCUGGUAGCCAAGGUCGUGGCUAUCGAGCCAGCCGGUCCGCCAGCCGCGAGAGCUCACAAAGAUACUCGUGACGGCCGGGUAUACAGCCCCUGGCUGAGGAGGGAUGCCAACGUACGAAAGUUUGGACUUGCUGAUAUCCCUCUGACUUUUGAGCCUCAGAUAACAGGACCAGCACUGGAAUUCGAAGCCCGCCAACUUCCAGAUAACAACGGCUGCUACAUGGUGCAGAGGUGGAGGCCAGGAGGUGUGGCUCUGCCCAAGCCGCUCAAGGCAGGACAGGACUCUGUCCCACAGCUGGUUCACUUGAAGCAGAUGCGCCACGCAGUCAUCACUGCCGAGGCGAGCUCUCAUUCCAUGUUCGACUGGGCCACUGUACUGUUCAUGCGACAAGCAGGCGUGACAGUGGACCACAUCGACCUGGCCAAGUUUGGUAUCAGGGGAAACGGACACUUGAUGUUUCUUGAGACCAACAGUGAUGAGAUUGCUGAGAUUGUGGCAAACUGGAUCAAA